AUGUCUUCCGGAUUACAACUUAUUGAGUUUCCAAACAGUUUAACAACAGUUGGAAUUGCUGCUUUCAUGAAUUGCAGAUCUUUGAAAUUUGCUAACGUCAAAGGUAAUAUAAUGGACAUUUCAUCAUCAUGUUUCAAGAAUUGUAACUCUCUUAAUGUUGUUUACAUUGAUAAUUCAAUUGUUUCACUUGGAAAUAAUUGUUUCGAAAAUUGUAACUCAAUUAAAUGUAUAACUGCACCAUUUCACUUGAGAUCUAUCAUCAAGAAGAUGGGAAUUGUUCCUGAAGCAUUUAAUCGAAAAUGCAUCAUUCCAAAAUCAAAAUUUACGAAAGAUGAACUUUAA